CGUGGGAAAGGGGGUCUGGGGCUCCGGGGUCCCGCGUUUGAAUCCAACUCUUUCGCGGGAUUGAGACCGGGCACCCGCCGAGGCAAGAUGCUCAAGUCCAAGACUUUCUUGAAGAAGACGCGGGCGGGCGGCGUGAUGAAGAUCGUGCGGGAGCACUACCUGCGGGACGACAUCGGCUGCGGGGCGUCCGGGUGCUCGGCGUGCGGCGCGGCGCACGAGGGGCCCGUGCUGGAGCCGCAGCCCCUGGAGCCCGCCAGCAGCCUGUGUCCGCGCCCACACUACCUGCUGCCCGACACCAACGUCCUGCUGCACCAGAUUGAUGUCCUUGAGGACCCUGCCAUCAGAAAUGUGAUCGUGCUUCAGACUGUCCUUCAAGAAGUGAGAAAUCGCAGCGCACCGGUGUAUAAACGAAUCCGAGACUUGACUAGUAACCAGGAGAAGCAUUUCUAUACGUUCACUAAUGAGCACCAUAGGGAAACUUACAUAGAACAAGAACAGGGAGAAAAUUCAAACGACAGGAAUGAUAGAGCCAUUCGAGUGGCUGCCAAGUGGUACAAUGAACAUCUGAAGAGCUUAUCCUCAGAGAACCAGCUGCAAGUUGUCCUCAUAACGAAUGACAGAAAAAACAAAGAGAAAGCCGUAGAAGAGGGAAUACCAGCCUUCACCUGUGAAGAGUAUGUAAAGAGCCUCACUGCUAAUCCUGAACUUGUAGACCGUCUUGCUUGUUUGUCUGAAGAUGGGAAUGAAAUAGAAAGUGGAAGAAUAAUAUUUUCAGAGCAUCUUCCCUUAAGCAAGUUACAACAAGGCAUAAAAUCGGGUACCUACUUUCAAGGAACAUUUAGAGCUAGCAGGGAAAAUUACUUAGAAGCUACAGUAUGGGUCCAUGGAGAUGCUGAAGAAAAUAAAGAGAUAAUUAUCCAAGGACUUAAAAAUUUAAACCGGGCCGUUCAUGAAGACAUUGUGGCCGUAGAGCUGCUCCCCCGGCACCAGUGGGGAGCACCAUCCUCGGUGGUCUUGCAGGAUGAGGGGCAGAAUGAAGAUGAUGUGGAAAAAGAAGAGGAGAGAGAACGCAUUCUUAAGACUACAGUCAGCGAGAAGAUGUUAAAGCCUACCGGCAGGGUCGUGGGCAUCAUAAAGCGGAACUGGAGGCCGUACUGCGGCAUGCUGGCCAAGUCCGACAUCAAGGAGUCCCGAAGACAUCUUUUUACACCUGCUGAGAAGAGAAUCCCUCGAAUUCGCAUAGAAACCCGACAGGCAUCUACCUUAGAGGGCCGGAGAAUUAUUGUUGCUAUUGAUGGCUGGCCCAGAAAUUCCAGAUACCCAAAUGGACACUUUGUAAGAAAUUUAGGUGAUGUUGGAGAAAAAGAAACUGAAACAGAAGUCUUGUUACUCGAGCACGACGUUCCUCAUCAGCCUUUCUCACAGGCUGUCCUGAGCUUCCUCCCAAAGAUGCCUUGGGGCAUUACCGAACAGGACAUGAAAAACCGAGAAGAUCUGAGACAUCUAUGCAUUUGUAGUGUGGAUCCACCCGGGUGUACUGAUAUAGAUGAUGCUCUACAUUGCAGAGAACUUGACAAUGGGAAUUUGGAGGUCGGUGUUCAUAUUGCUGACGUCAGCCAUUUUAUUCGACCAGGAAAUGCUUUGGAUCAAGAAUCAGCCAGAAGGGGCACAACUGUGUAUCUUUGUGAAAAGAGAAUCGACAUGGUUCCAGAGCUGCUUAGCUCCAACUUGUGCUCCCUAAGAUGUAAUGUUGACAGAUUGGCCUUUUCAUGUAUUUGGGAAAUGAAUCACAAUGCUGAAAUUCUAAAAACUAGGUUUACCAAAAGUGCCAUUAAUUCAAAGGCUUCCCUGACAUAUGCAGAAGCUCAGAUGAGAAUUGAUUCAGCAUCUAUGAAUGAUGACAUUACCACAAGUCUCCGUGGACUAAACAAACUAGCAAAAAUUUUGAAAAAAAGAAGAAUUGAGAAAGGCGCCCUGACACUUUCUUCUCCAGAAGUUCGAUUCCACAUGGACAGUGAAACUCAUGAUCCUAUAGAUCUGCAGACCAAGGAGCUUAGAGAAACAAACUCCAUGGUGGAAGAGUUCAUGUUACUCGCCAAUAUUUCUGUUGCAAAAAAAAUUCAUGAAGAAUUUUCUGAACACGCUCUACUUCGAAAACAUCCUGCUCCCCCUCCAUCAAAUUACGAAAUUCUUGUGAAAGCAGCUAAAUCGAAGAAUUUGGAAAUUAAGACUGAUACAGCCAAGUCUUUGGCGGACUCCCUGGACAAAGCUGAUUCCCCUAUUUUCCCAUAUCUCAACACGCUGUUAAGAAUAUUGGCCACUCGCUGUAUGAUGCAAGCAGUGUACUUCUGCUCUGGAAUGGAUAAUGAUUUUCAUCACUAUGGCUUAGCAUCCCCAAUCUAUACACAUUUUACCUCGCCAAUCAGAAGGUAUGCAGACAUCAUUGUUCACCGAUUGUUGGCUGUAGCUAUUGGAGCUGACUGUACUUACCCAGAACUGACAGACAAGCACAAGCUCGCGGAAUUAUGCAAAAAUCUCAAUUUCCGUCACAAAAUGGCUCAGUACGCUCAGCGAGCUUCCGUGGCUUUCCACACCCAGUUAUUUUUCAAAAGCAAAGGAAUAGUGAGUGAAGAAGCGUAUAUUCUAUUUGUAAGAAAGAAUGCAAUUGUGGUGUUAAUUCCAAAAUAUGGUUUAGAAGGUACAGUCUUUUUUGAAGAAAAGGACAAACCAAAGCCACGACUUAUUUAUGAUGAUGAGGUACCUUCACUUAAAAUAGAAGACACGGUGUUCCAUAUAUUUGAUAAAGUUAAAGUGAAAAUCAUGUUAGACUCAUCUAAUCUCCAGCAUCAGAAAAUCCGAAUGUCCUUGGUAGAACCACAGAUUCCAGGAGUAAGCAUUCCUGCUGAUGCUUUAAAUGUGGACACUAAUGAGCCAGAGAAAAAGAAAAAGAAGCUUGAAAAAUAGCUACAACCGACAAAGAAACAUCAGAGAUUGGUUUCCUCUUUAAUAAGAAACACUUGAGACCAUUUUUGAUUCUAAGAAGCGUGUGGUAGUUUGUUACUUUUAAGUACAUUUUAAUAAUUUUAAAAUUUGCAUUUUUAUUGAAUUGUUGGCUGUGUCUAUCCCAUCAUGCCGCUUCAUUUCUGAGCAGAACUGUUGAUGCAGGAAAAUUCAAUUGAAUAUCUAUCACUUACAUGGUGACAGGACAGCACCUUCAGGUCUGAAAAGAUCAUUUAAAUGGUAUAGCCGUCUGCUCAUUGAAGAGCAGAUUAAUUUUACAUAAGCAAUUUGAUUAUUUAAUAUUGAUAGGGGGGAAAAAACCUAUCAUUUUCCCAUGGAGGAAAACAGAUUAUUUUUAGAAGCUACGAACAAUCUGUUCUUUAUAAAUCUUGAAAGCUGUCAGUGCUUGAUAUGGCAGAUUUGAGAUUUUAAGACAAUGAAGUCAAGAUCUGUCAAAGGAUUCAGUAUUUAAUUUCCUUUGUCAGCUUUAAUUUAACUAACUUUCAUUAAGUGCUCACUUUGUUAAAAAGCCUUCUGCAUCUUAUUAGUGGUCUUUGAAAAACUGGGUGUUUGGGAAUUGGAUGUUGUAGAAAGAAAAGAAAUAGGAUAUUUUGAUCUAUGUGAGAAAGUAGUUUCUUUAAUACUGGGAAAUCAGUGUAAUCAUCCUUUUGACCUCCAGUUCAGCUUUCUCACUAAAUAAGACAUUAAGCUCGAAGGAUAGAGAUGACACAUCAAGGACCGGAAAGUUGGUACAGCGGGUAGGGCGCUUGCUUUGCACGCUGUGACCUGGGUCCGAUCCCUAGCGAACCAUAUGUCCCCCCCCCCCCCCAUCCACGGCAGGAGUGAUCCCUAAGCACAGAACCAGGAGUAAACUGCUGAUAGUGGCCCCAAAAAGAAACUCUCUAUCAGAGAUUCCUAAACUUAACCUCUCCUUUUUUAGUGAAAAAAAAAAAUCUGAUUAUCACCCCAAAACUUGCAUUUUUACUUGAAUUAUCAGAAAGCAACCUCUCCCCAGUUAUAUGCUCUCACCGCCCUUAUAAAUAACAUCAUCCCCACCACCCCCUGCCCUUUAUAAAUCACACCAUAUGAAGUAGAGGGGUAGAGAUAGUGGUCAGGCUGAGGGCAUGCGGGACUCCUGGGGUGGAUCGCCAGCACUGAGCACUGCCAGAAACAACCCUGGAACAUUGAGUGGAAUUCCCAAGAACCAGCAGGGUGAUACCUAAGCAGAGCGCUAGGAGUAGC